CCUAGGCCCCGCCCCGAGGCAGGCAGUACUGGGCCGCACUGGGGCGGGAGUGGGGGUGGAUCUGGAUCAUGGCGCCGCUGCGGGACUGCCAGGCCUGGAAGGAUGCUGGACUUGCUCUGUCCACAACUAGUAAUGAGGCCUGCAAGAUGUUUGAUGCCAUACUGACUCAGUAUGCAACAUGGACCAAUGAUAUGAGCCUGGGAGGCAUUGAGGGAUGUCUCACCAAGUUAAAAGCAGCAGAUCCAAAUUUUACAAUGGGACAUGUGAUUGCUAAUGGCUUGGCUUUGGUUGGCACUGGGAGUUCAGUGCGGUUAGACAAAGAGCUGGACAGUGCAGUAAAGAAGAUGAUGGCUCUUUCAAAAUCACAGUUGUUGACCGAAAGGGAGAAACUACAUGUGUCUGCAUUAGAUUUGUAUGUCUGUGGGCAUCUUCCCCAAGCUUGUACAGUAUGGGAUCAGAUUCUGCAGGACCAUCCAACUGACAUGCUAGCACUCAAAUUCUCCCAGGGCACUUAUUUUUACUUGGGCCAUCAUAUACAAAUGCGAGACUCUGUUGCCCGGGUUUAUCCUCACUGGACACCUGAUAUUCCUCUGAGCAGCUAUGUAAAAGGCAUUUUCUCUUUUGGACUGCUGGAAACUAACAUGUUUGAUUACGCUGAAAAGCUUGCAAAUGAGGCUUUAGCUAUAAAUCAGACAGAUGCAUGGUCUGUCCAUACCAUAGCACAUAUAAAUGAAAUGAAGGUAAACCUGAAUAAUGGACUGACGUUUAUGAAGCAAACUGAAAACAACUGGAAGGAUGCUAUGGUUGCUGGUCAUAAUUAUUGGCACUGGGCUCUCUAUUUUAUUGAAAAGGGCGACUAUGAGGCUGCUUUGACAAUUUAUGAUAAUCAUAUUGGUCCCAGGUGUAGGACAAGUGGAACUCUGCUAGAUGUGGUUGAUAACUGCUCUAUGCUGUACCGGCUUCAGCUAGAAGGGUUAAAGUUGGGAAACAGGUGGAAUGAAGUUCUCCAGCUGACAAAAAAGCACACCAAAGAUCAUGUUCUACUUUUCAGUGAUGUCCACAUUUUGAUGUCUACGCUGGGAGCUAAAGAUCAUAAAUCCACCAGUGAACUCUUAACAACUCUCCAGGAACUUGCCAAGAAUCCUGGUGAAGACUAUGAGCUUGGCCUGGUUCCAAAUCUGGGAUUGCCCCUUUGCCAAGCUUUUGUGGAAUUUGACAGUGGAAAUUAUGAUAAGGCAGUAGAACUGCUUUAUCCAAUUAGGUACCAGAUCCCACAGAUAGGUGGCAGCAAUGCUCAGAAAGAUAUCUUCAACCAGUUGUUGAUCCACGCUGCAAUGAAUUGUAAAUCUAAAACUUAUCGGAAACUGGCUAGGUGCCUCUUGAUGGAACGUGAUGCGUUGAGACCAAAUUCACCAUUGACUGAGCGGCUUAUUCGGAAAGCAUCAGCUGUUCAUGCAAUGACUUGAGUCUCUGUCAUUCCAAUGAAACCAUGAUUAGCACUGUUAAUCAAUAGCUUCCCAUGUAAUUAAAGGAAUCAAAUUGGAGGGAAUUAUUGCCUUAUAAGCCAUGCCAGAUCUCCUGUUUGCCUGAACUUUGGAAUGCUUUUGUUGGUGAUUCAGCAUUGUUGCUUAACUUCCUGCAGCAUCUCCAGUCCUAACAAGAAGUUGGCUUAGUUAUACCUGGGAAAAGACAGCAAUUGCAGGAAAAGUAGAGGUCUAUCAGUCUUUGUUUACAACCUGCUGAGCCAUUGCUUUCUAGAAAUGUGGAUGGGUUUUAUGCUGUUUGGGUUGUGGGAUAACAGUACUCUAGACAGGCUGUCAAAUUAUUCAGUGCUUUUGCUAUUCUUGUCCAUAAAUAGGAAAGGGAGGAGAUUUGAACUGUUUUUCACAAAAGUACAACAUCAUGUGGGAUAUAUUAGAGAAGCCUGGGUGGUGCCAAAGUUCUAGGAAAUGGACAAGAUGACAUUGGCCCAGAGUCACAUCUCAGCACAAAAUUAUGGGCCAAAAUCUUGUCCUUUUCCUGGCCUCACAGAUUUGGCUUUCAGUUUUUCAGAGAGAUUUUACACUGCUGUCUAUCUAAGAUUUUCUUUGCUUCUGUUACUCUAAAGAUUUUUCUUGGGUUUUUUAUUGCAUUUUAAUGAGGAUUUAAGAUUCAGGGGGUUUUUUUAAUCCUAGUAAUGCUGCAUAUUUUUAUAACAGCUCUAUCGGUGAGUAAUAAUAAUGGGGAACAGUAGUUACAAGUCUGAUGCCAAUGAAUUAAGUCUUGAUUUGAAUACAUUACUGAUACAUUUAAGAAUGAAAUUCUUAACAGUUGUAUUGCCCAUUCAUUUACAGGGUGUGACUGAUGCUCUCCUAUAGUCUGUCAAUAAAUUUAAUCCUGUGCUCAGUGUAUUACCAGAGAAGUGACUACAUA